AUUAAUUGUAAAUAAUGAUAUAAAUUGAAGGAAUUAAUAUAGCAGUAGAGGGAUGUUUUCAUGGAAAAUUUGAUGACAUAUUUGCAGAAAUAAAAGAAAUUGAAAAAAAGAAACAAAUCAAAAUAGAUUUAUUACUAGUUAGUGGAGAUGUUUAAACUAUUAGAAAUAAACAUGAUAUGUACAAUAUGGCAUGUCCUUAAAAAUAUUUAGAAAUGGGUUCAUUUUACAAAUACUAUACAGGAGAAAAAGUAGCACCUUGUUUAACUAUAUUUAUUGGAGGAAAUCAUGAAGCAUCUAAUUAUUUAAGAGAAUUGUAUAAUAUAUUUUUAUUUCAAAAGACAUUUUGGUGGUUGGGUCUGCCCAAACAUUUAUUUUUUGGGGAGUUCAAAUGUAAUUCAAAUUAAAAAAGGGUAAACUACAUUUAAAUUAGGAGGAAAUUCAGGAAUAUUUAAUAAUUAUGAUUUUAAUAUUCCUAAAUUAGAAUGUUUUCCAUUUACAUAAGAUUAAUUACAUUCUGUUUAUCAUAUCAAAUAAUUUGAUUUAUAUAAGUUAAGUUUAUAUGAAGGAGAUAUAAAUGUUUUUUUAUCUCAUGAUUGGCCGUUGUGUAAAUAUUUAAUUGUUAUUCUAUUUAGAAGUAGAAAAACAUGGAGAUAUAAAUGAUUUGAUAAAAAGAAAAAAACACUUUGAAUCUGAUAUAAUUGAUGGAAAAUUUGGCAGUAUAUCACAUAAAUAUUUAUUAAAUAAACUUUAGCCUAAUUUUUGGUUUGCUGCACAUAUGCAUGUCAAAUUUGAGGCUCUUGUAUAACAUUAAUCAAAUAAAAAAACAAAGUAUUACUUAUUAUCAAAUCUUAUAGAUUCUUGGCAUUAGAUAAAUGUUUACCUGGAAGAGAAUUUCUCUAAGUUUUUACUUAUACAAAAGAGGGAUUAGAUUUAUAUAAUUAAUUUGCAUUUAAUAAUGAUCCUAUAGAAUUGUUUUAUGAUCCAGAAUGGUUAGCAAUUAUGAAAAUUACAUUUAAUUUAUAAUAAAUUUGGUAUAAAAUGCCUAAAUUAUUUGAAUGUAAUUAUGCAUAAAAAGAGUAACUUUAUUUUUGAUUUAUUUAGUUUAAAAAUAAUAAGGUAUUAGAAAUAUUAGUAAUUGCUAUAAGCUAAAAAAGAAGCUUUAAUUUAUUUUAAAAAGGAACCAAUUAAAAUUCCAUAAAAUUUCUAAAUAACGGCAACUCCUUAUUUUAAAAAUGAUCAUACAAAUAAGUUGAUUUUGCCAAAUAAAGUAUUAUUGAAUAAUCAAAUGAAUGAUUAUUUGAAAUUAAUAAAGGAAUCAGAGUAAGAAUUAAAUGGAUUCCUCUUUUAUGAAUCACAAUAAUAAUAAAAUAAAGAACAAAAAAAUUAGUUUCAUGUAAUAAAUAAAAUUGAAACCCAAAUAAAAAAAGAAAUAGUUAAAUAAGAAAUUCUUAAUUAAUUAGAGUAAUAAUAAAAGUAAUAAAAAAAGAAUGAUAAUAUGAAUAUAUAAGAUUUUCCAUUUUUAUAAUGA